UUGUAAUUUUGAGCAUGUUGACUUGUUCACGAAAAUGAUUAUUCUAACGCUAGUUUUUAAUUCUAGGAGUAUAAUUGAUUAAGUAUAGUUUAAUUAGACAAAGGAAGCAAUACAGCAAAAUGGAUAUGCCAGAAGUGAAGGCGUUCAACGCGGAGUUAUCCGGGUUGUACGACAACAAGCCUCCGAUCUCGAAGGCGAAGAUGAGUGCUAUCACACGGGGUGCUAUUAAGGCUAUAAAGUUCUACAAGCACGUCGUACAUAGUGUUGAAAAGUUCAUUCAAAAGUGCAAGCCAGAGUAUAAAGUGCCUGGUUUAUACGUGAUAGAUUCGAUAGUACGGCAGUCGCGACACCAAUUCGGGCAGGAUAAGGAUGUGUUCGCGCCGCGGUUCGCUAAGAACAUGCAGCAGACCUUUGCGAACCUGUUCAGAUGCCCUCCUGAAAAUAAGGGUAACAUCAUCCGAGUGCUGAAUCUCUGGCAGAAGAACAAUGUGUUUGGUCCGGAUGUGAUUCAGCCGCUGAUGGAUAUGGCGGAUCCUAACCACCCGUUGCAUCAGGAGAUUCAGCAGCAACAGAACAACACUGCUAAUGGGAGCAGUCUUACCCUGAACACCAGCCACAACACGGACAAGAAGAUAUCCCCCGUGCCUGCCCCCCUGCACACUCCUCCAGACCACUCUCCUAUGGGUGACUCAUUCCAGGACCAACCCUCCGGCAACCAAGGCGUCAAGUUCAACCGCAAACUCCUCUCCAAUGACUUCGAAUACGAGAGUGAUGACGACGGUGGACACGACACGCACGCGGCGCACUCCACACAUACGCAUGCUUCGCAUACUCAGCCGCAGCAGACUGCUGAGACGUUACCGUUGGGAAGUAUACUGACGAAUCCGGAAAUAAUGCGGCAGCUGCAGAGCCUUCAGGCGCAAAUGCAACUCAUGACUGGAAUGCAGAUACCUAAUUUAAUGCCAAUGAUGACAGACAUGCAACUACAGCAGAAUCAAAACCAACAAUUUUUGAGCAAAGAACAACAGAAACAGAAUGAGUCCAAAGAUGAUAUGGUGGAGUCAGACAUCGAAUUUGUAGAGACAGGGCCGCAGGUUAUAGAAAUACCAGACGCUAAUGAUUCCAGAGACCGGGAUAGAAAUAAGGAUAGAGAUAAGAGUCACAAAGAAAGAGAAGCUGACAAGGAAAAACAAAGAGAACGGGAAAAGAAAGGGUUACCACCAAUCAAAAAGGAGAAUCUGAGUGUGUGCAGCACAACACUAUGGGUGGGCCAUCUAUCCAAGCUCGCCACGCAAGAAGAGCUUUCCGACUUGUUUGGCGCCAUCGGCGGUGUAGUGUCCAUUGAUGUAGUCGCCCCUCGUGGCUGCGCUUUCGUGGUGAUGGAGAGGCGGCGCGACGCACACAAGGCGCUAACUACGCUGAACAAACACAAGCUGCAUUCGAAGGAAAUUGCCGUGGCCUGGGCGCCGGGCAAAGGCGUGAAGGGCCGCGAAUGGAAGGAUUACUGGGAAGCAGAGCUAGGAGUCUCUUACUUGCCCUGGAACGCACUACAUGCGCGUUGGGUGCUCGGAGCCCUAUCUCUAGACGCGUUGGAAGAUGGAGGCGCUGUUGAUGAGGAGACGUUACCACCGUGGCUACCUCCUAGGAUCCUCCCCAAGACCCUAAUGGACGGUAUGGUGGGGAUGAUGCCCAUGGGCAUCCCCGGCGCGCCCGGCAUACCCCCCAUGCCCAACGCCAUGCCCAACGCUAUGCCCAACCCGUUACAGAACGCAAUGCCCAACGCAAUGCAAAAUGCGAUGCCUAACGCGAUGCAAAACGCCAUGCCUAACGCGAUGCAGAAUUCGAUGCCUAAUGCUAUGCAGAAUGCGAUGCCUGGGGCAAUGCCAGGGAUGUCGGCGUUGCAGUUACCGCCGCCCGGGAUGGGCCCGGGUCUUCCUCCUGGUAUGCCGCCGGGGAUGCCUCCCGGCUUGCGGCCACCGAACAUGCCUACGCAAGUACCCGGUAUGCAGCCUGAAACAGGUAUGCCGCCGACCAGCGCCUUGCUGAGGUUCCCGGGAAUGCCACCACAGCCCAUACAGUCCAUGCCUCAACCAGGUAUGGCGGCGUUACCCGGCUUCUUAGGAGGACUGCUGGCCGUGGGAGGCCUCGUGGGAGGCGUGGGCGGCGUGCCGCUGCACCACGCGCCCCCGCAUCAGCAAAUGCAGCAAAGGGUGUCAGAGGUGACGAGGACAGACGAUGCCAUGGACCUGGAUACAGAGGACCAUAAUGAGGAAGUGCCCAGUGAACAACCCCCGCCACUAUCGGAUCAGCUCCAAGCGCUCCUCUCGAAACCGCCGCCCGGCUUCAACUCCUCCGAACCUCCCCCCACCUUCAACCUGUCCGAGCCGCCCCCCACCGCGCCCGGCGCCGACGACAAGCCCGACGACAAGCGCGACCGCGACCGCAGGGACCGCGAGCGCCGGGACCGCGGCGACCGGGACCGCAGGGAUCGCGACCGCGGGAAUAGAGACAGGGAGAGAGGAGGACGGGAUCGCGAUAGGGAGCGAGGCGAUCGUGACCGGGACCGCGACCGUGACCGCGGCGGGCGUGACCGGCGCGACCGGGACCGCGAUCGUGACCGCGACAACCGCGGGGACCGGUUUAACGCGCCGAGGGAUAACAAUAACAGGGAACGAAGCCGAUCAAAAUCCCCGCGCGAAGGGGCAGGAGGGGAGAAGUCUCUACAGGAACGGUUGUGGGAGAUGGCCAACGGCAAGCGAGACGAGUUCCCUCAGCCUCAACAACAGGACAAUAUGGUCAAGCCUAACUUGAACAACUUAACUCACUUCAAGAUCAACUUUCAACUUCCUUCUAACGACAAACUCAUCAUGACUAAACUUCAACAACAGCAAACCUGCUUUGAGAACAUCAAGGCAUUGUGUGUCAACUACAAAAAGGAUUCGGCAGGCAGGAAAACUCGUGACUACUUAACCAAGCGGAUAACUUCUCUCGACGCCUUAUGGGGUGACUUCGAGAACCAACAUGGGGUCCUUGAAAAGGAAAUCGAGGACAAGAACAUUAACUACUUCCAGGAAGAUAUUUACACGAAAACUAAAGCUAUGUAUGACGUCACUAAGGCGGACAUGCUGAACUUGAUGCAAAAACUAACUGACGCGAAGAGCACAGUCAGAUUUGAUCUUACAGAUUUUUUGGAAGACAUGGAAUCUGGUUCGGACAGCGUCAUUCAACUUCUUAACAAACAAGAAUGCAACUUCAAGGCAAUUGAUCGAGCGAUGUCAAAAAUAAAUGUCGGCGUAAACAGCGAAAAGUGGGAACUAGAGGACAAUCUUAACAUUCUGAAGUCAAAAUGGACGGAAAUCGACAAGCAACACUGGGAAAUAGACGGCUUGCUCAAGGGUUCUCACGAAACUUACUACCAAAUAUUCACCGACAUAGAAAAUAGAUACGAUUCUAUGCGCAAGGAACUCAACAGCAAGAUAUGGUCAACCUUACACUAUCAGAAAUCGGCGCCGCGCAUCUCAAUACCCGAAUUCUCAGGAAAUUAUAACCAAUGGAUUUCUUUCAAAGAUCUUUUCAUAGAAACCGUCCACAAUAACCCAACUAUCAACAAGGCGCAAAAAAUGCAGCAUCUGAAAACUAAGCUUCGCGGAGAAGCGGAAAGAUUGGUCCAGCAUCUGACAAUAAAUGCCGACAACUAUAAAUCAUGCUGGGAUAUCUUAAACCAGCGUUACGAUAACCGACGUCUUCAAUUUAUUUCAUUUAUGAACACCAUGCUGAAUUUACCUAACAUUCAGCAGCCGGACGGCCACAAUCUGAAGAAAAUGCAUGACGUCAUAACUGAAUGUCUGAGUGGACUAAACAAUAUUGGCUUGGAUACUACGACCUGGGAUCCUAUUAUUGUUCAUUUAAUGACUUUGAAACUAGACACCACCACCCACAGCGACUACGUACGGGACCUUCAAGAUCACAGGGAAGUUCCAGUCUUACACGACUUUCUUUUCUUUUUGGAAAGCAAAUUCAUGGCUUACGAAACCAUGAAAAGCUCCAAAAAGGAUAUAAACUCGCAGCAGAAGCCAGCACCCAUCAAAACUUUCAACAAGGAUCAUCAGGCCAAGAAAACUAACUACAAUAACUUCAACUAUUUCAAGAAUAAUUCCAAGACAUAUCACGCGACCUACGCUAGCGAUGGAACAUACAUUACGCUCCGCGCGCUACUAGACCAGGGGUCACAACUUAACAUUAUAACUGAAAAUGCCACGCAACUACUGAAGCUACCCAGGAAGAAACUCAACGGAACUAUAACUGGAAUCGGAACUUUAAGCUGCAAAGGGGAGGCAGAGCUUACCUGCAAGUCCUUGCAAUCCGAUUAUACAUUCCAAACUAAAGCAUUCAUUGUUAGAAAAAUAACUAGGAACCUUCCCAACUCCACAUUCGAGAAAGGGAACUGGACGCACCUACAAAACUUGGAACUAGCGGAUGCUGACUUCAACGUGUCGCGCCCUAUAGACCUCUUGCUAGGGGCGCACGUUUACGCUGACGCUCUUAUGGAUGGCGUAAUUAGGGGUGGAAGAUUGGCUCCGAUUGCCCAACAGACCCGUCUAGGAUGGAUUAUUAGCGGGGAACUCGCAACGAAUGGCCCACUUAGCUGCCAUGUAACUUUAAUUAACCUGGAGGAACUUGCCAAGUUUUGGGAAACCGAAGACAUCACCCAAAGCGAGGAGAAUACGUCUCUUAACGACCAGUGCGAAGCUUACUACCAGCAAACUGUCCAGCGAGGCUCCGAUGGGAAAUACAUUGUGAAAUUGCCAUUGAGCGCGGACUACGAAAAAAAACUGGGCAAUUCUAAACAAAUUGCGGUCUCUCAGUUUUUACAACUGGAACGCAAACUACAAAGACAACCUAAACUGGCCGCAAUGUACAGGGAAUUCAUGAAGGAAUAUGCCGAUUUAGAACACAUGAAACCUUCGGCCUCAACUUCAUCCCAGGACUGCUACCUCCCGCAUCAUGGGGUGCUAAGGGAAAAUGCCAUCAGUACGAAGCUAAGGGUUGUUUUUAAUGCGUCUCAAAAAACAAGCUCCGGUUACAGCCUAAACAGCCUGCAAGAAAAGGGCCCUAACCUACAAGGGGACAUCCAAGCAUUGAUUCUGAAGUGGAGAGCCUACAAAUAUGCCUUCUGUGCUGAUGUUCAAAUGAUGUACAGAUGCAUUUGGAUCUCUGAAGACCAGCAGCAUCUCCAGAAGAUAAUAUGGCGAAACUCGCCCUCUGAAGCCCUUCAGGAAUACCAGCUUUGCACAGUAACCUACGGCCAAAAAUGUGCAGGAUGGUGA